CGACCGGACGUCCGAUCCAGGAUUUCUCGCCAUCUAUCUAUCGCCUAUCGCCUAUAGCCUGCUCGACUAUCUAAUAAUUCUCCGACCAUCCUCACCAUGGCUCUCGCAAGAGCAUUCACCAAGCGCAGCAAGCGCCCCGAGGUUUCCGGGCCGAUGCCGUAUCGCGAGGCACACCACAAGUUUACUGCCGGUACAAUCAACCGGGACAAGAUCUCUGCUCCAGUGGAAUUGUUGUCGACGACGAAUAUGCUGGCCUACAAUGCCCCCGACAUUCAUUCAGCAACAUCCUCAUCAACUUCGUCCCUACAAUCGCCUGACGAGUCGGAGCUCUCUUUCACUCAGCGCAGUUUCGGCUCACCUUUGACUACGCCUGAUGAUUCUCCGAUUGAUCCGAACCCAUUGCCGCCUUACUUUCCUAAGCGAUCCGCGACCGUUACGAGCCACCCUCGUUCAUCGACGUCGACGUCAUCUUCCACAGAAGCGCCAUUGGUCCCCAAGCGGGCACUUUCUCACACAAAGCGUUCCCAUCAAGAGCUAGCUCGCCAGCGUUCGUUGUCCCGGCUAUCGCCACCUCCGUUGAACUCCCUGCGCAGCAGUCCUGCUAUGCGACAGACGCAAGAAAGCUACAAGCCAGAGCCACAUCCGUUCAGCAAGGAACUGGAGCAAGUAAACGAGGUUGUAGAGGAGUUUGGCGGUACGCGCGUCUUGGAUGAAGAAGAAUUGAUUCUUCGAGAUAAGGGAUUGAGAAAGUUUACGGUCGAUGACUAUCUUGUCGAGAUUGAAGACAUGUACGGCAGCAUCUUCGAUGAUCAUCUGGGAUCAAUAGGUUCCGGCGCAUGGCUGUGAGCCUUGUCUUCGUUAUUCGUCAUCCAUUUUCUUUUAAGCGCUCGCCUGGAGGGCUCUAAAUAGGGACUGGUUACUCCCUCUCCUCACCGGGUAUUGACUUCUGCCAUGACCUACUCAUAUUCACUCUUUAAUGUUUCCCCCUCUAAUCAGUCGACUUCUUUUCAUUUGGUUUCGCUUUAUACCACGGGAGGAUCUUGGUCUACCAUCUCAUCUUUUCAUUUUCUUGUUUCGUUACUCGUUGCUGCAGUAUGGACCAGACUAUUUGCGCUGCUGGAUGAGAUGUGACGGUCUCGGUCUCUCUUUUUUUUUUUUUUUACAUGUGGAGAAACAUCCAACGAGGUUCUCGGCUUGAUCCUGUAUCGUUCUUUCUUAGCGCUGCAAUGAAUGUGAAAGACACUGCCAGUGCUACAUACCUAUGUUCAAUGUGAUAUAUCGUAUAUAUUCAAUCUAUGGAUCCGAAAUUUUGUACUGCAC